GAUUAUCAAAAUACCUGUAGUGUGCCCUUGAUCGAGUUAAUAUUUAAAAAUAGUAAUGCGGGGUUUUUUAAUUAGGUUCAGGUAUCUUUUCAAUUAUGUUAAACAUCUUUUGGGGGGGAGAAGAUUUAUUUAGAUGUUUUAGAAAGUGAGGGCUGUUGGGCUUUUUUCCCAGGAGUCCUCUUCUUUUUUAGCAGGUUUCCUUUAUUUGAGGAGAAAAAAAGAACACCACAAUGUUUCUUGCAUAACCGUAAUUUAGAAAACCUGACAGACCCUUGCCAUUGGGCAACUAAGUUAAUAAUUGACAAAGAGGCAUAGCUGGCCUCAAUGAAUGAUUCCACACCAACACUGUCAGCUGGUGCAACCUACUCGGCCCCUCUCAAAAAUUACUGGAAAGAGGAAUGGUAAUCAACAGUUACUGCAAAAUGAUGUUUCUGGUGACAAAUGGUGCAAGGUUGCCCCAUGUCUCCCAAAGCAGAGAUGUUCCUGGCACAGGAGCAUAAUUUCUGGAUGCUACAUAGAAAACUACUUCCAUAGUCCCCUUUUUAUUCAUCAGAGCUGCUUUACGGUAUCAGUAUGGCAUUAUCCAGGCCUGGGAUUUUCAAAGGAAGCACUCCAGAUUUGGCAGCAUAGUGAUCACAGUGGCUUCAGCUGCCCCAUCUGUCUCCAGACAGCUACUCUCCCAGUAGAAACCAACUGUGGACAUUCAUUCUGUGGUUCCUGUCUGAUCACAUACUGGAAACAGAGUCCCUGGUUAGCAGCAAUAACCUGCCCUCUCUGCAGACAAAAGGUGGUUCUUCUGGAUAACAUCUCUUGUGAAAAGCAACAAGAUAAUCCAUGUAAACAAAUUGUACAUGACAUUAGAGAUUACAACAAGCGUUUCUCAGGGCAACCUCGACCCUUUGCAGAUUACCUUUAUGACAUGCCGUUAUUCCUGACUCUUGCCUUGCGAGGUGUCUUCACCUGGGGUGGUCUCGUGUGGAUUUUUUUCCUAAGAGUUGCUGUUUGCUCCUUUGGAACUAUCAUAUGCUUGUCUUCCCUGUUUGACAUGAAGCCUGGGCCUCUCUGUAGGACACUUGGAACAGCUGAUGACAUGGUGGUUGUUUCCCUUCUUUUAAUUUGCAUGAUAAACAUUUGUCAGCAAAUGGCAUCUAAUGAGGUAAAUAUGGCAAGAUCUGCAGCUCAGAGCAUGCUGUCAGAGUCCUGAGUGACUCAGACUUGGAUUCCUUGGUCAAACUUCUUCAAGCAAUGACAGGCUUCUCUUCGAUUUGGGGCAGUGUAUGAUGGAUUUGUUAUUCUGCUGCAGACAAAGGCUGAAGCAGGACUCAGCAAUACUUGGCAUGGCCAAAUGAUUCGACGUGCAAGCGCCUAGAAGGCUAGCUUUACACUGUACGCUUGCUAGACUCUUUCAUGCUGCAUUUUUCUGUAACUUAUCUUCAUACAAAGUGCCUGAAUUGAAAACGCCUAAAGCUAUGAACAGAGCUUAAAAUUACAAUGCCAAUCAACUUGCAGUUGAAGAGUUUUGGAACUCUUGCACUUUAACAUUUUACAUCUUGGCUCGAUUUGAAUAGAAUCUUGAGAACUUAGCAAACUGUACAAUUUGCUAAGUCUUGUAUGACACAAGGAACGUUAGAUAGUAUCACUACAAAAUCUUGUAUCAGUGCUUUGUGUUAUCACAGCUGAUUACACAUCCACUGGAAUGCAGAUUUUGUACAGCAUUGCAGUAAGUACAGUCCUGAUUUAAAUAUGGAUAAUAUUAAACUGGUAGUAACACUGGCUUGGAACAAAAAUGCAACUAAAAAGUAGAAGUAUUACAAGGGGAGAAAAGCAUUAAAAAUCAUGCAAGAAAUGUGAACAAAUCUCUUGUGUAGCUUUCACAUAAGCCUAUGCAAGGUACAUAGCUUCCUUGAACUCUGUGCAUCUAAGCUUUAACAAAGUCAGCAUGACUGUUUCCUUUCUAGACUUCAUACAGUCCUUGUGAUUUCCUCGUAAGUCUUGGUACCAGUUCAGCCAGAGAAAUCAAGGCCAAUUUUAUGAUGAUGAUAAUAUAAAUAACAGGAAGUUUAUGGGAAGUUUACCGAAGCUGGGGUGUGUGUGUAUGUCUGUGUUGAGCUGCAAAGAGUUAAAAAUGCUGGUACAGUGCCAGACAACCCUGUGCAUCUGUCCCUGUAUAACCUGUACAUUUGCUAUGUAUUUGGAGUCAGUGGACUUCAUUUUUGCAGAUGAAUUGUAUAUUGAAAUAGAUAUAUUAAAAUUUAUGAGUAUUUAUUGUUCACAAUACACAGGUCUCCAACUGUUUUUUCCUUCUAUGUAUUUUCAGCUGACAUAUUUUAUUGUGCCCUUGAAUUGUAAGCUAUGAUAUACCAUUAUGUUGCAGUUGUUUUCUUGCUUGUUGUACUCUUUUUGUUAUGAUGUUUCUUCAUUUUAUUCCCAUCAACUUUCAUUGUCUUUAAUUAUGUCCCUGAACUUGUAAAGCUGUUUCUUUUAACAAUGGGUACUUUGGAAAUGGCAACAAUUGCUUUUCCAUGAGCUACAAGGCAGGAAGUGCAUUGUUUCUUUAAAAAAAUUACCAGAUGUUUUUGAGUGCUGACUACUGACAUGAAAAAAACCCAGAAACUAUUAUUUUCCAAGUUCUCCAAGUGCAAUUUUGUUAUUGUGUAACUUCUGUUUGCAUUUAACUGGGAAUUACAGCCUAUGGCAAUACUAAAGAACGGAAUUUCUAUCAAGCUAAGUGUAUAAAGAUGGAGUCCAUCUAUACAAAUACUGACUCCAUGGAAAGGGACUGUAUGUUGUUCCUCUUGCAUAACACAGGCUCGCCAAGAGGGUGGCAGUUUGCAGUGUGAAGAAAAGAAGGGUUCUCAUGAGUGACUUAUAUCAGAGUUGUAGCUGAUCUGAAUAUGCUCUUCUGUUCUGCCACCCCUCGCUUCUAAAUCCCCUCCUUCAGCUGGGUACCCUGGUUUUGCUUUUUAAACAAAAUAGUAUCUUUUAUUAAGAAGUAACAGACAAAUGGCAGAGAAAGAAAGAAUUUCUGAAUGUCACUGAAGGCACUCGCGGUGUUUGGGUCUUGCAAGAUCAAAACAGUUUGUACUGUCGGGUGAAACGUUUUUGCUGUAUACAACCAGAGUGUCCAAACUCUCUCCUUCCACAGCCCAGUUAUGCCAUGACCUGUCGUUGUGAGCCUGGCAGUACCUUGUAGGACUAACUAUAUAGAGCAAUCUUCGAAAUCACCUGGGAACAAAUAAAAGCUGGAUUUGGCCAGCAGGCAGCCAGGAAGGUUUCUGAGCCUUGACAAAUGCAAGUCUAAGGAAGGAAACCCCUUUCUCUCUCCCUCUGCAUUCCCCGUGCCUGCUGUCGCUGAGUUCAGCUCUGCAGCUGGCAGGCUGUGUAGAUGCACAUGCUCUGAGCUGGGUCUGGCUGAAGCAACUUGAUGAGAACGGACAGGGAGAGCUGGGCUGUUUCAGGGGUGACUCCCCACAAGGCAGCUGGCAGGAUGGAAGGAACGCACCUGCAUUAUGUACAUAUUUUCAGCAAUUGUGUCUGCUCAACCUAGUCUUUCAAUGUCAAAGCGGGCUGUUUCACAUCUGCACAGUGAUUAACGCACACUGAGGGCGAGUUGCUUGCAAAGACAAAAUGGUACAAAUUAUUGAUAGCAAAGCGACUGUGCUGCAAGAAUGGAGACAGAAAAAAGACAGCAGGAAACAGAAGAAAACAGAGAGAAAAGCACUGCACAUCUGCAAAAGUGAUUUUCAAAUACCAGCCACCAAAGAAGUGCUAUAAUCAGAGUAAAAAAAAUCCCAAACAGAACUUUCCAAUGGAAAUCAUGUUUGGGUCUUAGCUGUACAGACAGCGAACUUAAAAGCACCAUGUGCAAUGCCAAGUGUAGUUACCUGGGAUUAAACAUGGCAAAGGGCAGCGACUCAAGUCCAUUGAGUUAGUUAUGUUGCUCCUUGUGCUGUUGUUCCUGCUUGUGGCCAGUCUAAAUACCGGCACUGGGGUACCCGCGGCUGGUUGUUGUGUCUUCGCUGACUGGAGCAAAUGAUUCUUCCUCAUCCCUGGCUGUGGGGAUUGUUGACAGAAAAUACACAGUGCUUCACAGCAAAGUGAGUGCAUUUUAUUUCUCAUUAAUAAUUAAAAUGUACACUUCAAAUGAUAAAAGAUUAUUUUUAAUACGGACAGUACAGUAAGAAGAAAUUACCCUCAUCACAAGUGUCAGGAAAUUCGUUAACACUGCUGUUCCCAGAUUACAUGACUCUGGAUUAGGAGCUGUUCAUGAUGGAGCGAUACUCCCUCUGAUGUUCCACAAGUUUCAAAAACACUCUGUAUUUCUUGUCAUAAAAUCUGUGUAAGAAAGUUAAUUUCAACAAAACCUGAGAUUUUGCGAUUUAAAUCCCCUGUAAUAAACACGUUUACUUCCUCCA